AUGGUCCAAGAAAUUAACUCUGUUGCCGAAUUCGAUUCUGCUUUACAAGCUCAAGAUAAAUUAAUCGUUGUCGAUUUUUUCGCUACAUGGUGUGGCCCUUGUAAGAUGAUCUCUCCAAUGAUCGAAAAAUUCAGUGAACAAUACUCUCAAGCUGGUUUCUACAAGGUUGAUGUCGAUGCUGUCCCAGAUUUAGCCCAAAAAUUAGAAAUUUCUGCUAUGCCAACUUUAGUCUUCUUCAAGAACGGUAAGGAAAUCGCCAAGGUCGUCGGUGCUAACAUGGCUGCCAUCAAGCAAAACAUUGUUUCUAACAUAUAA